AAGACAGACAACCUCUCUAAAGGAAGAAUCCUAAAUAUUUUAUUACAUUACAGCAGGAGGAACCAAUACACAUUUCUGUGCAAGCAACAAAGCUUGUUGCCCCAGCAACUUAAAUUCAGAUGUAUUCAGGUCUAAUUAACCCUUUAGAAACAUUAAAGGUAAAAGGGUAUGAACAGCUGGGAACUGAAUCUGCUGAACAGUGAGGGUGUAAUAUGCAGUCUACAAAAAAUACAAUACAUCCUCUUUGUAAUCUAGCUGUUUGUUUUUUAAUAUAAAAAUGAAUUAUGCAGUUUUUUCAUUAAAAGUGUUCAGACAGUGAAUGAAUGUGCGAUCACUGUCAGCUUUCUCAUUUGAGGGCGAGUCUCACAGCGAGGGAUGAAACUCAAACAAAUAUUAAAUUCACAACAGUGUUUCUUCAUUAUGUAAGUCUGUGCCACGUGUCGUCUGUACCUCUUCCAGCUCACUGAGGAGAUCCAGAUGUAGGCUCUGAGAGAAACCCCAAAACAUCCGGCCUGUUGGAGCCCUCAGUCACAACCUAUGGUCACGACAGACUCUUAGACGGGGGAAACAAAAAGUUAAGUCUGCAGUUCAAGUAGUAGACAACUAUGAAAAAACAUGUAGAAAACUUAAGUUGUUGCUAUUAAGUGGCACAUGUAAGAAAUGUGAUAUAACGCACAGAAAGAUAAGGCCCCUCCUGUAAUCUACUGGCAUCCUACAAACAUAUGGAACCAGAGUCAUGCUUGUCUGAACACUGUUAAACCCCCCCCAAUCCACCUCCCUUCAACAUUUCAAACGCAACACAAACGGCUGUGAAACAUCUGUUAAACAUUUGUUCUCUCUGAGAUAAGAUUUCCUCAUUUCAACUCUGUGCCGCCACUCCGGGCGUGUUAAACACAACAGUCUGGCGAGGACUCAGAGCUGCGAGGAGCUUUUUUUUUUUCUAGUGCUCCACCAAAACAGUUCCUUUACGGUGGAUUUAAAGUGUUUUUCCAAGUGCUAUGGAGGCUAGAGGGGUUUGGUUGAUGUUUUGCCUUCUGCUGCUGGCACACUGCGCACUCCAGCAGACCACCUCAAAGAAAAGAAAUGGGAAAAAAGACUCUACAACCAAUGCUGCAAUUGAGGAGCUGAAGAAACAGAUCGAUGACAUUGUUCAGGAGCUGAAUUUGUUGAAAGAGCAGCAGGCUUUACAAACAGUUUGUCUAAGAGGCACAAAGAUCCUCGGCAAGUGUUUCCUGGCUGAUCCGGUGAAGAAGACUUUCCAUGCAGCCAGUGAUGACUGCAUCGCGAAAGGAGGCAGCCUGAGCACUCCUCUGACAGGAGACGAGAACGACCAGCUCUACAGCUACGUCCGCCAGAGCAUCGGCCCGGAGGAGCAAAUCUGGCUGGGCAUCAACGACAUGGUGACCGACGGCCAGUGGGUGGACCAAUCGGGUACCAACGUGCGCUUCAAGAAUUGGGAGACAGAGAUCACCCUGCAGCCAGACGGAGGGCGCAGCCAUAACUGUGCCAUCCUCUCCACCACAGCCAACGGGAAGUGGUUUGAUGAGAGCUGCAGAGCUGAAAAGGCCUCGGUGUGUGAGUUCAACAUCGUGUGAGAGAAGCUUUCUGACCUUAACGUGACACUGCGCAGACAAACACCCGCGUUAACAGUAAACAAUGAAACACACAGAGCAUUUGGAUGCUAUCAGGUACAAGUACGCAAUACGUUGAAAAAAAUAAUGUGCUGCAUCUUUCUUACGCUCACAUUUUCUUGACCAAGCCAUUCAGAUGUCGGUUGACGUCACACAGUGGUCUGGGAUACACUAUGUCAUUAUAUAAGCUAAACUCACUGGCACAUUAUAUUAUACAUGCAUUCAGUAAACUUCGUGUUUUCAAAUACUGCAGUAUAUUUUAGAACAUAUCAGAUAUUCAUGGAGGUAAUCACCACUGGAUGGCUAGUCUUUGCUGUAUGUAUUUUCUAUAGCAUCUGCUAAUAAAUGCCAUGAAACCUUUUCUAUGGCACUCUCUUUAUGUUAAUUUCUGAAUGUAAAAUCAUUCUGUUUAUAUGACAUUAUAUAAUGUUAAUAAACAUGUCUCCUCAGUCGCA